AGGCUUCAUAUGCGUAUGAUGGUGCAUGGAGAUCGCACCUGGUACCUUCAUUAGAGCUAGCAGUAAUUUCGAAUCAGAUGUCAGUGGUGAUCUCAACUUGAUUGUCGGAGAUGUUGUCAAGGUAACAAGUGUUAUUAACGAUGACUGGCUUGAGGGCUCCUUUGGGGAUGACACUGGCAUAUUUCCUAGAUCACACUGUGUUGUUUUAGAGUUGAUACCGUCCUCUGAUCCAUUUGGUGUGGCAUUGUAUAGUCAUGAAGCACAUCUUCAUGAUGAACUAUCUUUUGAAGCAGGAGAUCAGAUAUUUUUCACCAGCAGAGUUAACCCUGAGUGGUACAAUGGUACCUGCCACGGUCGGAGUGGCAUGUUCCCUAUUGGUUAUGUGUCUAUUGUUCAUGACUUGCUUGUUAUUCCCGCGAGACCACCUGUCCAACCAGCUGCACCUGUUAAGAGUCCUGAGCCAGAAAUAAGUACCCCUGAACGACCAAGGAGUCUUGAUGCUUCUACUGUUGCUAAUCUACGGACAAAAUCUCUGUCAAAGCGAAACACUGUGCAUCCUUCUGAUAAUGUUGACUCUGUCGAGCCAACUCCUGACUCUCCUAAACGUCCUCCAUCAUUACAACCACCUAACUUCCCUCCCCCUCCCCCACCUCCUCAACUGAAUCCAAUCGCAGCUAAAACUCCAUCACCACAACGCCCACCUUCAAUUUCUCGCUCCAGUCUACCAUCUAGACCAGCUCCGGGUACUCCUGAUUCAGGAACCAAAUAUGCUCACGGAGAAACUUCCGAGCAUGUGGAAAAUAAUGAUGAUGAAUUAAAGGUCCCCUCCAGACCACCCCCUCUGGAGGCAGAUACCGUUGUAGUGUUGAGGGAACGGAGUAGGUCCCACGGAAAGAGGCGCGCGAGCAAAGACAAGUCACCUAGUCGACCUCCGAGCACUUACAUGGCAAAGCCUUCUUUAGAAAUAUCAGCACCGCUACCACUGCAGUCAGACCAGGAUUUAAACCAAAAUUAUCAGCCAUCGAAUCCUGAGGAGGAAGACUCAUCUUCCCCUGGUUUUACUCGAGUUUCUCAUCCUGGACUUACAGAUUGGAAUGUAGUGGAUGAGAGGGGGAUGUAUAUUGAGGACUCCACGUAUGAUGAGGAGCAGGAGAAAGAGGAGGCAGAGUAUGCUAAUGCAGUUGAUAUUCAGGCUGUUGAGGAGGAAUACAAAACAACUGCUAUAGAAGAUGCUACCUUGAAGAAAAUGCACAAAUCCAUUGCUGACAAGGAGAAAAUGCUAGCGAUAGAGCAAGAAUCCAAGGUACAGACAGAGGAUCUGCUCGCCCAGCAGUUCAGUGGGAAGAAGAUAGAUAAGGAAAAUGUGGAAGUUCUUCGAUCACUGCUAAAUGCUCACAACGAGAAGAUAUCGACCCUGGUUAACAGUAUAGACUCUCUGAAGAGCAAAGCUAGGACUCUCAAGUCACCAUCACAGAAAUCAGAUAAGCUGGACGGUAUAGAGAAGAGAGACAAGGUGGUAAUUGAGCUGAUACAGACUGAGGAGAGUAAUCUGAAACAACUCAAACUGUGUAUCAGUGGUUUCUUACAGACUCUCCGUAAUGACACUACGCACAUGAUGGAUAUAGACAUGAUGUUUCUGAAUAUUGAGAAGUUAGCAGAGGUGGCUGAUAAGCUGCUCAUGAUGCUGAAAGGACAGCAGACUCUCAUGUCACAUGAACAAAUGAUCGGUCGUUGCUUCACACAUCUGGAAGAGGACCUACACAGAGAAUACACGUUCUAUCUUGAGAACCAAGCCUCUGUCAUGGACCUAAUAGCUCAGUAUCAGAAAGAUAAGAUAAACAAGGACUUGUUGGACAGCUGUCUUCAAAAAAUAAGAGUUGAGACAACAUGUUGGGACCUCCAGAGUUUUCUUAUUAGACCAGUGCAGAGAAUAAUGAAAUACCCCCUAUUUUUACGGGACAUGCUCGUCAAUACCCCGGCUCAUUGGCAGGACAGGCCUUAUCUAGUAUCAGCUACAGAUAUUGUAGAUAACAUUGUUGUUUUCGCAAAUGAGAACAAACGUAAAGAUGAACUUAUAAAGCGGUAUAACGAGGAGGUAACGGAGAGCUCUCUUCUCCCAAAACUAACACUUCACAGUCUGAAGAAGAAGAGUAAGAGACUGACUACUACUCUCACUCACUCUCUCAACAUCACAUCUUCUGUGGUUGAAGAUAGCACAUUUGGGGAGCUGUCAGAGAAGUUUGCAUCUUUGGUUUUGAUCAUAAAAACACUGAUACGGGAAGCUACCAACUUUACUGACUUACUGAAGAAAGUACAAGCUGAAAUGGACGAUCUGUGUGCCAACAUACACAAUUUCUACGACAAUCUGGAAACCCAAAAGAACGUGUUUUUGUACCACGGUGCUGCUCUAAAAAUAGCCCAGAACUUCACUCCCAGAUUCAUAAAAGAUCUCGAAGGAGGACCCCUGGGAACUUUAUCUGAUCUUAUAACAGUGUUCACAGCUCCACAAUACUUUAUUGACAAAAGGAACAGUAAGAUCCUGGAUUAUGACAACCUGUGUGCUGAAGGUUCACUUGCAACUGAGAAUUUUAAAAUAGCUCGUGGUGAGUUUGAAGCUCUUAACAAACAACUCCUGGACGACUUACCUAUUCUCAUACACGAGGGAGCUGAAGUGGUUAAGAAGUCAGCAUACUCAGUCCUAGCCUUGUUCUGUCAGUAUUCACACGCCUGUCACGAUGAGUUCCGAAGAGCCCUGAAAAAUACCAUUGCGGGUUAUGAUAAAAUGUCGCUGGAGUUGGAGGAGCCCCCCGACUCUAUACAUCUUUACCACAUGGAUAGAAUGAAAACCUGCUGUGCGACCUUACUCACUAUCUCCUCCUUUGAUAAAGAAGUCACACAGGCUAUUGUGCUAGGUAGCACGGUAAAGCCAACUACCAGCAAGUUCUAUGAGGCUGAAACGUGUGAAGAGGACCAACAAGCUUCAUAUGAUGUGGGCAAGUGGCUGGAGAACCAACCUGACGAUAUAACAGGACUUUCUUCGGAUGAAAACGAAGCUGACGCUGCUGAGGAUGUAUUUGAAAAGCCUGGAAUGAUAGAAAAUGUUCAAACUGGUACAAACUGUCGUAUUCUGUACGAUUUCGUGGCAACCUCCGACAGCAUGCUGAACGUAAAGACUGAUUACACAGUAACAUUGCUGUCAGAUUGUUCGAUAAGCGACACUUGGGCAUACGUUAAAUGUGGGGAAGUGAAAGGAUACGUGCCAAAGUCUUAUCUGACUUUAUCUGGAACGUUAAAGAAUAAACCGGCACCGUUACCUCCCUCUAAAGCGAAUCAAGACAAGGGCAAAUCUAUCAAGAGACGUGCACCGCCGGCCCCAAAACGAGCACUAACCGAAGUUUCACUCACAACUUUCAGAGAGCCUGUCCUAUCUACUGUCUCACUUCCAGCUCCUGAAGAACCUGUACAAAUCACACCACCUGUAGCAGAACCAUAUUCACGGCCUGCACCGCCGCCCCCUAAACGUGUACCUGAAGUCUCACUACCACUCCACCGAGAACCUGCACAAGUAACACCUCCUGUUUUAGACCCAGAGCCACAACCGUCACCCCAGAUACCUUCUUAUACGACAGUUGCUAAAACUACAGCUUCUCUUGCACCACUUCCACCAGCCCGUCUUGAUUUGGUGGUUCGGCCAAUCUCCGAUAACAAAACUACUAGAACUCAACCAAAGCGUCACGCCCCACCCCCACCCAUGUCACGAAGAAACACAGCACCUGUGUUCAUUCACAAGGGACCAAAUCUUGACCAUAUAUCGAACUUAACAGAUACUAAUGAUUCCUCUGGCGGCGGAAUGUUGAACACAUUACCGGAACAUCAAACUGAAGUCAUAGAGGAAGAACCAAGAGACAGUAUUCAGGAUCGUGAUAUUCUAGAUACUAUUCAGGAUCGUGAUAUUCUAGAUCUUUCUUCCAAUUUAGAUGAUGUUGAUCUCCUGGGUGGGCCUAGUCCUUCUUCUGCUGUGGAGCAGGGUGGUUGGAACCAAAGCUUUUCAGAUCACAUUUAUCAGUCUCUUGAUCAGACAAUCAGUCCGGAGCCUGUUUCAAACAACAGACCUCUCCUGAUUCCAGUACCGAUACCUUUGAAGUCUGAGUCUCUGUCUCCUGAGCCGUAUUAUGAAGUUAUUGACUCUGAAACUUCGUCAGAGUACGAGAGUUUACCACCUCCUCCUGACGAGCCUCCUCAUGACGCCAUGACACCUCCUCGUGACGUAAUUACGCCUCCUGUAGAAGUUUCCUCUUCUCCGAUCGAAUCAUUCCCAGUUCUUCUAGAUGAAAUCAUUGCACCCGAAGCUGCACAUGAGGCUGUACCCGAAGCUGCACCUGAAGUAGCACCUGAUGCUGCACCUGAGGCUGCACCUGCAGUAGCACCUGAUGCUGCACCUGAAGCUGCACCUGAAGCUGCACCUGAAGUAGCACCCGAAGCUGCACCUGAAGUAGCACCUGAGGCUGCACCAGACAUUGCACCCCAGCCAACAGAAACUAUGUCAGCUGAAACUGUUAUUCAAACCAAUGUUCGGAUUGACUCUAUGCAACCCAAAGAAAAUUCUCAGCCUACAAAGAAUCACAUUGCUGAACCAUGCACCAUCGCUCCAACUUCUAAAGUUUCCUCCCGAUCUAGCUCUGUCUCCUCAACCCCUCACAGACCCUCCCUGACUGACUAUGCUGUCAGAUCAGCUUCCAUUAGUAUGCCUCUCUCUGGUAUUACCCGCAAGUCUGGCAAAGUGCCCGAUUCUGCGACACCAACCAAGACAGGCCCAGCGUUGCAGUCCGGAGCUCAGCUUAAAAGUGGCCCUGUUGUUCCCAACUCUCCAGUUCCUAAACAGCCGUCUAAAAACAAGGAAAAGAAAUCCAGCCCUAUGUUUGAUGAGUGUCCCAUGGAAAUGUCUGCUGUCCGGAAAAAAGAAACACCUACUAACUACGAGGUGUAACAAACCGAUCAAGAGGCUCAGUACAACUACAGAGCUCGGAGUCCAGCUGAACUCUCCCUCAGUGUCCGUCAGAUUGUUAUUCUGGUAGACUCUUCAGACAAGGACUGGUGGUUCGUUAAGGCUGGGCGUCGGCAGGGUUUUGUGCCCUCUAAUUUCCUUAAAGUCAAGUAGUGAUAGUUUUGGGUUUUUGUCUUUAAGUGGUUUGGUGUCCUUAUAAUGUCCUCAGUAGUUUAUAAUUCCCAUAUGAUUUCAUUUGUUUUCUUAAUGUUGAUUUUAAACUAGGUUGUUUUGAUUUGAGGAAUGAAAUUGAGAAUCUAACCUUUUUAACGGUUCAAUUAACGUUUUUACUUGUUGUAAUACUGUUAUUAUAUAGACAAUAAUUAUGGAAUAUUUUUUGGAUUCACAAUUGAGGGCUGAUUUUAAGUUUUGUACAGCAGUAAAAUUUGAGAUAUAUUAGGAAUAUGGGUUGUGCCUACUUAAAUGUGUAGCUAGGUUAUUCUUGUAAUAAAUGUGUUGACUUUCAUUUAUCGUUUUAACGCAA